CGCAGACGCGCUCUUCAUUCAGUGCUUCUUGUCUCUCUAUCUUUCUCGUGACAGUGGCUCUGCUCGGUUACCUGGUGGUAACACAACUCUGAAGAGAGACAUAUUUUUGCAUCACAUGAAAAUGUCGAGCUCCAAUGCAGCAGCGAAGCCUGUCAGCGAGGCAGAGAUGAACAUCAGUCAAGCUGGGCUAGUGGACAGCUGUUUUGAGGAAGACCAGUAUGACGCUGGAAUUUCCGUUCUCGACCAGCUUCGCUCUCCGUGGCGCAGACCGAAAGCUUCACAUAUCCGACAGCUUCUAUACAUGGCACUAUAUCCGCCCUCAUUUCAGAUAAGAGAGGUCGACGUCACUGCAUCCCCUUCAAAAAUCAAACAGGGUGUGACUUUUCGCCUCACAACUACAGCGAUCCGGUCCGCACAGCGACUUCUCUUGUCUUUCGCCCUCACCAACACGCCAAAAGGCCUGUUUCGCACUAUACCGGGAUACGAUGAAGAAGUUCCGUCUACGGAAGGCGAUGACGACUCCGUUGUUGCUCGAGAUUCCCAGUGCAUCACUCGAAGCAAAAAUUGCUGGAGUUUGUUAAAACCAGGUUUCAUUAAAUGUUCUACAUCAGCUCCUCAAUCCAACGGCUCAAAGCGCCGUCGUUCCCAACAUGACGAAGAGGAUGGCUCGGUGGUGAGCGAGAAUGCGUGGUCCACGCUAGAGUGGUUCAUCACAAUUUUCGAAAAGGACGAGUCAAUGGCUGAAGUUGGCCAGUCUCCCUACUCGGAACUCCUACUAUCUCAAAUACCUCCUACAAGAGAUGGGAAAGGACGAUGGGAAUUGAACACGCCGCUCGAUGUUGUAUUUUGUUGUCUGCAACAGAGGAAUGAACACUAUCGUAAACUGGGAGUACGACUAAUGACAUUGCUUAUCAAUCUCUCCCUCACGAUAUAUCUCGAUUACCCUAUUUUCGUCUCUUCCGUUUUCUCUAGAUUAUCCACUACAUCAGCGGAUCUAUUUGUGUAUUUGAUGCUCAGUCUCGCUCCAUCUUCAUCUAUGCUCCGAUUCAAAGUCUCUCUCUGCCAACAUUUCCUUCGUAACCACGAUGGGCAUGUCAGCGAUUUACCUACGCGACCUAAACCUCAGGCGCGUCCUCCUCCAAGGGUUCGGGGGUCUAAUGCUACCACCGUCCCUGUUGCUGAAAAGCCCACUACAGCGGCCUCAGUACAACCGGUUACCAGGAAAAUCGCCUUACCCUCGGCCAAAGAAAUUGUUCGCCUAGCGAGUUUAAAGGCGACUUCUUCGUCCGUAUCUAUCCCUCGGAUUCAGUUGGAGCUUGUACAAGCAUACACUUUGCUGCAGCUUCAAUGUGCUGAAGAAGAACGGGACCAGGAUUGGCUGGCUGGAGUCUACAGGGAUAAACUUAAGAGUGCAUUCGCAGACGCAUGCGAAGAAGGCCGCGAAUUCGGAGAAGUCCUGCAAACUCUCGUUGAUACAUAACUUUACUCAGCCUGAUUUGUACUUCUACAAUACUUGUAUCUCGCCUGAUACUUCACAUAAUUACCUUUUUUCUAUAA